AUGUCUCUAGGAAAGACCAUCGAGCUCAAUAACGGCGUGCGCAUCCCUCAGAUUGGGUUAGGGACCUGGCUAGCGCAGCCCGGUGAAGUUGAAGCAGCGGUCCAAUGGGCUGUUGAGGCUGGAUAUCGUCAUAUCGAUUGUGCGCGCAUCUACCAUAACCAAGAGGAGGUCGGCGCGGCGCUCAAGAAGGUCAUUCCGGAAGUCUGCAAGCGCGAGGAUAUUUUCAUCACGUCCAAGUUGUGGAACAACUCGCACGCGCCGGAAGAUGUCGAGCCUGCGCUAGACGAGUGUCUCGAGCAGCUCGGUCUCGACUAUCUCGACCUCUUCUUGAUUCACUGGCCCGUUGCUUAUCGUCCUGGUCCUGAGCUUAGUCCAAAGCGCAACGAUGGGCGGCCCGAUAUUGUUUACGACCUCGCUCUCGCGGAUACUUGGCGCGCGAUGACCGCUCUUGUCAAAACAGGCAAGGUCCGCGCCGUCGGUGUAUCCAACUUCACUGUCGAGCAGAUCAAGGGCAUCGUAGAGGCGACUGGCGUCGUGCCACAGAUGAACCAAGUCGAGGCGCACCCGUUGUUACCGCAGGAUGACCUUGUCAAGUAUUGCGAGGAGAAGAACAUUCAUAUCACGGCGUACUCGCCCCUCGGGAACAACUUCGUCGGUGAGCCGAUGAUCAUCGACUACCCCGCCGUGAAGGAGGUUGCUGCGAAGCACAAUGCAUCAGCAGCACAAGCGGUCAUCGCAUGGGGCGCUCACCGCGGCUACAUCGUCAUCCCGAAGUCUGUGCAUAAGGGUCGUAUAGAGGAGAACUUCCAGCAGAUCGAGCUUUCCGGGGAUGACUAUCAGCGCGUAGGCUCCAUCGGCGUCAACCGCCACCGUCGGUUCAACAUCCCGGUCAACUACAAGCCUUCCUGGGAAAUCAACAUCUGGGACGAGGAGGCAGAACAAGGUGUUGACAAACGUCAACGUAUUGCUUAA